AGGAUAAGCUGGGUGCUUUUCAUUUUCGCCGCGUGAGUCCAGAAUCUGAAAGAUUCUCGCCGAUCCAACACGGGAAACUCGCUCGAGUCGAGACGCCGAGUCGCCGAGUUUCUAUUUGGUUAAAAAAAAUACGCGACGACCCGAGAGGCGAGAACAUCGAAUCUCCGUGUCCUGAAUCUAGCCCUUCCUUUUUAAUAAGAACUGCCCUCUGUCCUCCUCCUCAGCAGUGCGCUCUCGGACAAAUGUGAAGAGAGAAUCACCACGCGAAAAUCGAAGUGUCCCCUCGAAGAAGGAGGAGGAAGAAAUCUAGAGAGAGAUGGAACUGAGCUUGGAUUUGAGCUUGGCUCGCGAGCCUCGACCAGUGUCCGAAUUUCUCAGGGAGGUCUCUGCGAUCCCAGAUCGCCACCAGAAAAUGUCAAAGCUCGAUGACUAUGUGGAAAGAUUGGAGGAGGAGAUGAGGAAAAUAGACCCUUUUAAGCGCGAGCUGCCUCUUUGCAUGCUUCUCUUGAACGACGCCAUGGAAAGGUUGAAGGAGGAGCAAUUGCAGUGCAAGAGAUUGGGAUUUGUUCGACUGAAAAGAAAUUCUGAUAGAGAUAAGAGGGCAGAAGUGGAAAACAAGGAUUCUUGCGACCUUCAGAAGUGGAUGGGCUCUCCUGAUCAGAAUCCGGAUCAGUAUUCAGCCGAGAAGAACCCAAUCGAGCCAUGUGACUACAAGAAGAAAGGAGAGGCAUUCUUGCCAUUUGGUCUCCUUGGAGCUCCGCUGAAGGAGGCCAAGGAUUCUUCACCAAUUUCUAGACUUACCCUUUUGACUCCGACCUCUAUAGCGGCCUCCCCUGAUAAUGAUAAUGUCAAGAAGCUCAGUUUCGAGUCGCCCUUCUCGACGGACAGCACGAAAUUGCAGAGAAGUCCACACCAGCAGCAUCCACUUAGGAAGCAAAGGCGGUGCUGGUCACCCGAGCUCCACCGCCGGUUCAUGGAGGCGUUGGAGCAGCUCGGUGGAGCACAGGUGGCUACUCCAAAACAAAUCAGAGAACUCAUGCAAGUCGAAGGCCUUACUAAUGACGAAGUUAAAAGUCAUUUACAGAAAUAUAGACUUCAUAUCAGGAGAAUCCCAUUACCGUCAGGCGCUGUGGCAAAUGGCUUAUCUUUAGUGCAAGAACGAUGCGCCGUGGACCACUCAGAACUGAGGACCUCAGAGUCCUAUUCUCCCCAAGGCCCUCUUCUUGCCCGUGCAUCUGCUCGAGCAGUUUCUAGUGCCGGAAGGGAAAGCACGGAGAUGACAGAUGAAGACGAGAACUCUGAAGGCGACAGUUGGAUUACUGUGCUCGGAGAGAAACUCACAGCCCAUUAAACUUGGCAACUGACGCCGGUUACGGGAUCUUAGAACGUAUAAAUAAAACUCAGGCGAUGAGAGAAACUAACAACCGUUUUCUUUUUGCCAAGCCAUUUUCACAGGGGAGAAAUUUCGCCAGUUGUAGUUGAGAGAAAGCAGAGAAGUCUUGGAUUCGAUUCCUCUCUCCCCGUGUUGACGAACUUGUUCUCCGUUUGUAUUGGUUUUUUUUCCUGGGAGCCAUUGAUGGAUUCAUGAACUUAUGUAACUUUACUCACUUCUAUCAAAUGUGAGGUUCUUCCAUUUGACUGAU